UUGUGUUAAUUUAGUGCUGUAAUCCAGUUUAGGGUAACCUAGUAAGAAAGAAAUGCUGUUGAAUCAGUCCCCUCGGGGGUCUUUCAGUGUUCCUGUUAACAUCACCCUGCAGGGUGUGCGACGACGACACAUGCGGGAUGUCUUCUACCAGCAAGCCCAACUGCAGGAAAAUGGAGGCAAGUGGAGGAAAGAGAGAGAUAUGAAGUGGAAUGAGAAAGCCAGAGCUCAAAUCCCAGAGUCCAGUUUGGGAGAAGAAAGAGCCAUUCUCUUGGGCUAUGCCAUGAUGAGCUUCUCCGUCCUGAUGUACUUUCUGGUGGGAAUCGUGAUGGUGAAACCAAGUCUAUAUAGUGACUGGAAACCUAACAACUGCUCAUGGGUGCAGACUGAUUUGGUGGAUGAAUUGAUGGAUUGCCGUGGCAUUGAUAGCUUUAAAUGCCUGCGUGUUUUGGUGAACAGCACCCCUGAAAAAACACUCCGACUUUACAAUGAUGAAGACACUGUGAAAUAUAGGCCAAAGGUACAAUCUUUCCCUCAGUGUUUCUACACACCGAAAUGCCAACGAAAUAAGACAGAACAAGAGGCUGAGGCUAGUAACAUCAAACAUGUGUUCAUUAUGCAAGGGGAGAAUAUGAUGUGCUAUCUAAGUGAUACAUACCCAAAUAACGCCAUCUUUAGAAGGAAAUACACCAUUCAAAUGGCCUUGUACUACCUGCUGUGGCCCAGCCUCUUGAUGUUUGGUGGAAUCCUCCUGGUGGGGCUGGUGAAGCUCAACCAGCAUCUUGCUUCCCUCUGCGCUGAGAUCAGUAGAGAGGAGUUUCUGGGCAAGCAGAGCAAACUGACAAAGGGAAGGAUCUAGCGGCUCCUAAGAAGGAAGCCUGGAGGCCCCACGGAGCAGCACUACCCAGUUAAAUAGAAAAUAUUAUAAUAUGCCCCAAGUGCAUUGGGUGGAUUAGUAGUUAUAAUGACUUGCAAUGUCUUAAGUUAACGUUAGUGCCUUAACUAUGGCCAUACAUUUUUGUACAUUUUUUUUUAUUUUUUUAUUAUAAGAUAAUAGGCAAUGAACCACUUGAAGAAGUUAAUUGGUUGGGUAAGAUUGUGUCUUCAUUGUAACAGAUUUUGAAAAAUUUAGCAUUACAUUAUGCUGUGCAGUGAAUGGGUGCCAUCAAAAUGAGAGUCGAAACAGCUGAUAAAAAUAUCUCAGUAAUCCACAAGCAAUCCACAUCACUCCAGUCCAUCAAGUAGCACCUUGUGAAGCAAAAAGUUGUGUGUUUACAAGAAACAAAUCCAUUAUUGAGAUGUCUGACUGUCACUUCUGGCCAAAAUCUAAGUCUAU